AUGAUGGAAAGAAUCAACACCAGCCCGAAAGUUAUUCAGGAUAUCGACGUCCAAUCAAGUCAAUUGUGUUCAUAUGAUUGUAAAAUGAAUAAAGUCGACAUUUUAGUAAAUCGUGACAGUAAUGCGGAUCAGUUGGAGCACCAAGGAGCUGGUGGAAGACAACCAGGAGGACCAGCAAGUCGGAAGUUUUUUAUCGACUGUGGCGGUAAUGUGGCUUCAUCUGUUGUUCUCUUUCGUGAGACAUACCCGGAUGCAGAAGAUUUUUACAUAUAUUCAUUCGAAUUGGAUGCCAGACUGUGUCCGUACUUUGCGGGCUAUACUAACCAUACAUUGUACUGCCCAGUGGCAGUGUCCAAUGUGACAGGCGAACUGACGGCCUAUGCAGAGGCCGCAUGGUACCCUGGGAAAUAUGUGAACGGAGAAGAUAAACAGUGGGGAGGAGGUUCGUUAUUUGUUUCUAAAAACGAAAGUACUCGACAAGAUGGCGGUGAGAGAAUGCUGUCGUAUCGUGAAAAGAUACCGGCCAUAGACCUGUCGCUAUGGUUACAAGAGCACUUUAAUCAAGAAGACUACGUUAUCUUGAAAUUGGACGUUGAGGGCGCAGAGUAUCAAAUUCUACGAAAAAUGUUGACAGACGGGACGAUACAUUUAGUUGACAAACUAUAUGGUGAAUAUCACAAUGACCAACCAACAGGGAACAGCGACAGAGAAAGAUUACAAAUCAAAGCCGAUCUUAAAGCGAAAGGUUAUCAUAUGUUGAGAUGGAUUGGCGAAAGAAAGACAUAUCACGACUUUGAGUUUCUGCAUCCGCCAAAGGUGUUGGACCCAAAGAUAGCACCGAUGGCAGGAGGUCCCAUAAUCAGCAAGUGUGGUCAAACUGGUCACGAUAGAAACCAGGUUGCCAUAGUGAUUUCUAUUGGGAUGGGGCAAAAAAUGGCACGCAGAGUCGUAGCAGCUUUGAAGGCACAUACAAAGAACAUUCCUUGCACGUUAUUCGUUUAUGGCGAUUUUGUCGAACAAUUUCCAGAACAAGUCAAAGAUUGGUCGAAUUACUGUAAUAUUGGAAUCAGGGGACAUGGACCUCACCUUGACACAGUGUGGAGAAAUUUAAACUACUACUACAGCCGAAUGUCCGUCGUUAGUGCUGUUUUAAGACUCAAGAGAAUCGGCAUCGAACCUAUUUAUCUGUUUCCCCCUGCGUUAACAAACCACACAGUGACAAUUGCCAAGAAAUACGGGAUAUGGCUCGUCCAGCCGAACGUCCAAUUCCCUCCAAGAACAGAACCAAUGCUGAGCGAAGAGUCGUACUAUAACUUUCGUGACGUUGAGAGAGUACCCAAGGCUUUGAGAAUAAUACAUGAACGUUUAUCGCGUGACCAAGGUGGAAUAAUUAGCCUGGAUACAGAUGUAUUUGAUAGCUACAUGAUUUCAGUCUUCCUUUUUGACUACUUAUUUGAAAAUUCAGGUUUUAAUUUAGUCGAUCUCAAGCAGUGUUACGACUGA